GAGUUGUCCCCAUUGAGCAUCGCUGCUUCUCCGGCGCUUAGCGGAAUCGGAAUGCGGAGGACGUAAAGCAAGUAACGAGUGAUUUGCUUUGCUUUUUCUUCUUCUUUUUUUUUUUUAAAUGAUUAUUUUUGGAGGCAUCCUAUCAAGAUUUGGUUUUCCUUCCUGGUGGAUUUAUCCUUUCUCAGAGAGGAUUCCGUGCUGUGCUUGGCGAUGUGGAGACUGCAAGUGGUUGUGUGCACCCUGUGGGUGCUGCUGUCCACGUCUUUCGGUGCUGAAAGCAAAGCUCGAAGCUGCGGCGAAGUUAGACAAGCGUAUCAUGCCAAAGGAUUCAGUCUUGUCGGUGUACCUCAUCAGGAAAUAUCAGGUGAGCACCUGCACAUCUGUCCGCAGGGAUACACCUGCUGCACAUCCGACAUGGAAGACAAACUCAACCAGCAGAGCAAGUUGGACUUUGAGAAGUUGGUGGAGGAGAGCAGCCGUGACAUGCGGGUGACGUUUGUCGCCAGUCAUAAAAAGUUUGAUGAGUUUUUCUUGGAACUCCUGGACAAUUCCGAGAGGUCUCUGAGCAGCAUGUUCUCAAGGACAUUUGGGAAGCUAUACGUGAGGAACUCGGAGGUGUUCCAGGACCUGUUCAUCGAGCUGAAGCGCUACUACACUGGGGGCAAUGUCAACCUGGAGGAGAUGCUGAACGAUUUCUGGUCCAGGCUGCUGGAGCGGAUGUUCCAGCUUUUCAACUCCCAGUACCACUUCACAGACGAUUACCUGGAGUGUGUCAGUAAAUACUCGGAUCAACUCAAGCCUUUUGGAGAUGUGCCCAGGAAACUCAAAGCGCAGGUCACCAGGGCUUUGAUUGCAGCGCGGACCUUUGUCCAGGGCCUGAUGGUCGGUCGGGAAGUUGCCAACCGGGUUGCCAAGGUGAACGUUGCCGCCGCUUGCGUCAGGGCCUUGACCAGGAUGUUAUACUGCCCGUACUGUCGAAGCAUGCCGGGGCUCAAGCCUUGCCAAAACUACUGUCACAACGUCAUGAGAGGCUGUCUCGCAAACCAGGCUGACCUGGAUCUGGAAUGGAACACUUUCACGGAUGCCAUGUUGUUGGUGGCAGAGAGACUGCAAGGACCUUUUCACAUCGAUGCAGUCAUUGAGCCAAUUGACCUCAAGAUUUCCGAGGCCAUCAUGAUCAUGCAGAACAACAAGAUCCUGUCAGCAAAGUUUUUUCAGAGUUGUGGUCCACCCAAACCUUCAAGCAUAGGCAGGUCCGCACGUGGCAUUUCCGACGUGUUCAGUGCUCGUUUCAGACCUCACCCACCCAAGGAAAAGCCGACCAGAGCUACGGAGACGAGCCUGGAUCGACUGCGGGCUGUCUGGACAACAAUGCAACACAGUGUGAUUGACAUCAAAGAGAAACUGAAGGUGUCCAAAAGAUUCUGGUCCAAUCUACCGGACGAUAUCUGCGCCGACGGCAAAUUGACCGAGUCUGACGAGGAGCAGUGCUGGAACAGCCACACCAAGGCCAGAUAUUUCCCAGAGGUGGUGAAGGAGGGACUAACCAACCAGGUGAACAAUCCAGAGGUCAACCUGGACAUCACCAGACCCGACACCUUAAUUCGCCAACAAAUAAUGGCGCUGCGGGUGAUGACCAACAAGCUGAAAAAUGCAUACAAUGGAAAUGAUAUCUACUUCCAAGACUCCAGUGACGAAGGCAGCAGUUCGGGAAGCGGCAGCGGCUGCACCGACGGCUGCACCACGGAGGCCGUCCUGGUCGGAUCCGAAGCUCCGGUGAUGGUAGCCGACAGAAGCGACGUCCACACGGCGGCGGCGGGCAAGACGCUCUCCCACGGACCCUCGCAACUGUUACUGCUAACCACCCUCAUAGCGUCGUUCGGCACAAUGCAGCCCGGAUGGAGAUAAUACACCAGCGUCGGCUGCUCGCUAACGACUACGCCGCCGCGUACCGAGGCGCGUUGCUCCCUCGCCGGACCUGUUGGGCCUUCCGUAAGGUUUCGCGUCGGACUGUGUGCGAGGAGUGAAAUGCGUACAUCCUUGUCACCCCCCCCCCCCAAAAAAAAAGCUCGGUGACGAAACUGACCAAAAUGGCGGCGUUCGGAGUACAAUUUUAAAAUCAUCGCAGGUGACAACUCACUUGCGGUGUUCCUGCCAGUUGUUUUCUAGAAAAUGCAGGAAUGAGGUUUUGUCUCCUUUGUACGACAACUGCCGUCAGUUUAUCCUGUCUGCACCCCCCUGAAAGAAAAAAAAAAAAGCUUACUCGAUGCAUGCAAGGAAAUAAAGCUCAGAUAUGCUUUAUUUAUUCAUUUCAAUGCAAGCUACUAAAGCUUUUAAGGUUUUGAUUUGGACACGAUUAUAUUCGCUACCGGAAUAGAUUUGAGUUUUUAUUCAGAUGGUGGUUUGACUUGAGGCGACUGCUUUCCUUCAAGUAUCUCAUGCUCCUCUUGGACUGCUUCGAAGGAACGGCUUUGCACACACAUAUUUUGCUGGCUUGAGUUGUUUGAAUUGAACACUAAUCCGAAUACCUCCUUCUUUCCGAUCAAUGGAAUUUAUUCUCAUGCAGUUUGCUAUGACUCCAAUGUGUUUCCUUCGAAGGUCCCAGAAGGUAACGUUAGUGACUUAGUUAAGGACCGUUAAGAACCUUUUGUUUGAAUACGCAUCACAUAUAAAACAAAGGACACAAACAGCAGAAUGCCGUUCGACUUCACUUUCCAGGGACCAACUUGUCAAAACAAAAUCUAUCCAUGAUAAAUCACUAGCUAACAUGCUUCAAUUACUAUUUGUUUGUGGAAGCGUGUAGAGCAUAUAUCAAUUCUGACUACGGCAAGUUUUGCCCACUCAGUAUUUACUUCACCAUCAGAGCAGUUUUCCAAGUUUGAAGAUGGACGCUCUCUGCACAAUAUCCACCAAGCCGUCAAUUUGAAACGAGUGCAGCGGUUAGAACCGGGGUGUCAACCUUAUUUUUGUCAUCGUUUGCUUCAAAGGGCCGUUAAAAUUGUCAACCCAAAUCAAUGUACGAACGUCUUAUAUUGUAUAUAUAGUAAAGGCUACACAACAGAGACUUAUAAAAACGGAUAUAUUGAAAUCAAAUCAAACCGGGCCUUGACUUUGACACCUGUGGAAGGUGGAAAAGAUUUCCGACAUGUUGCGGGGAUACCAAUAAGAAAAAUGUUCAUAGCAGUAGGGCUGGUAGAGAAUCACCAAGGUACAGCGUGCGGAAAGAUAAAUACCUGAAAAGUGAGUC